UCGGUCUGUUGAUCAGUCUUUGAUUAUUGAUCCAAUCUGACUUUGGAUCAGAGAGAAAAUGGAAGUGAAGGAGCUGAUGGACGAUGGAUGAAGACAGGAGGACGCUUUGUCAACUUCUUCUUCAUCCAACUGACUCUCACACAGUCUGAGGACUCACUAUUGAUCAGUGCUGUUGGUCAGUAUUGAUAUCUUAUGUCAGAGUGGAGUUGGUGCAAUGAUCAGCUCUGUGAUUUGAACUCAAAAGUGUUCUUGUAGUCUUGAAAAUCUCCUACUGUGACAGUCACUUCUGUCUGCUGCCCUUUGUCCCUGCUUUGUUGGACCAGAGACGUUAUUGAUCCAACAAAGCAGCUUUGACAGAAAUGCAGAGAUGAGCUGAGUGAAUCCAGAGGAUUUAGUCAUGUUGCUACAGAAACAAUGAGACAUUGAUUUGAUUAAUGUUUAGACUUAGACUUGACUUUAUGGAUCCCUUUGGGAUGACUCCCUCAGGGAAAUUAAAUUGUUGCAUUUAUGUGCAAAUGUUUCCAAGUGUUGUGGACUGAUGUUGAACAUCUGGUUUAAACUGUGUGGAGCAAAGAUUCAUCUCCACAGCAGAGAUAAAAACAAAGACACUGACAGAAGACAUCAUAAAGACUAAAGAGAUCAUCUCCAACACCUUUAAGACCUGGUUUUAGUUUUUAGAUUUGUUGUAGAUCUUUGAAGUGAAACACUGUGUUUUGUUCUUACAGUCAACACAUGACAGUUUUUCUCAGUUGAUUAAACACAUUUUCUAACGGAUCGAUAAAAGCUUCAUUGUUACCAGAAUUAAAUUUCCUUUAUCAUGAUUUAAGAGCUCAGAGCUGUUCUGACAUUGGACACUGGAGACAAAUGUCUCCAUGUGACACAGUGAUGUAAAUGAGGAGCUGUUGUAGAGAAACUCCUGCAUCAGGUUCUCCAGCUCACCACAUCUGACGUGUUUUUCCAACACAAUCCUGAGCCUCCAUGUCUCUGCUGUGACGUCCUCACAGGCAGCAUGUCGUCAUUCUGUGUCCUCUCGCCCUUUGUUCCUCCGUCUUCCAUUCAUUCUCAAAAAGAACAGUCUCUGAACUUUAUCAUUGCACCUUGUAGAGGUUCUACAGCAAUGAUCAGCAGCUGGAGGCCAAGGAGCCACUUCAACUGCAGAAUAUUAAUGAAUUUAGUAAAUAUGAGUAGGAAAAAAUGUGUUCUGCUAUUUAGGAUAUUCAGCAUUUAUGGUCUUUCUGUAAAAAAAAAGUGAAAAUAUUAAAAAAUAAAGGGAUCAUUAGGUCUGAAUAAAUUUAGACAGUCGAGUGGAGUCACUGCUCAGAGCGCUUACAUCUACGUGGUGUGCACUUUCCGGUGACCCCAAGCUUCUGCUUUUUCUUCAUCUGCUGAUUUCCUCACUCGUUCACUUCCACAUUCACAGCUUCAGCUCUGCUAAAAACACAAACACUGUGGUAUGGUGUGCACUGACCGCGGUGCUUUCAGGGACAGCAGUAACACCAGAGACUGCAGUCAGACUGAGUGUGGUGCGUUCAGGGACAGCAGUAACACCAGAGACUGCAGUCAGACUGACCGCGGUGCGUUCAGGGACAGCAGUAACACCAGAGACUGCAGUCAGACUGAGCGUGGUGCUUUCAGGGACAGCGCUAACACCAUCAGCAGUGGUGUGUUUAGGUGCUGGUGUCCUCAGUGACUCUAACAGCUGUGACGUGUUAGAGUUGUGAACAGGAAGUGAAGCUGAAGGCGUCGCUCUGCUGCUCAGACUGACAUUCAGUCGUCAUCCAGACAACAUGAAGACUCCGUCUGUGUCUCUGCUCCUCGGUGUGUCUGUGCUGCUGCUGUCUGGACUGACUGUUUCUGCAGUCUCUCUGAAUGUCAGUCCAAACCGUCUCCAGUUCUUUAAAGAAGAGUCCGUCUCUCUGAGAUGUGAGGGACAGGUGGUCUCUGAUGGACAGACAGUAAAGAGGACCAGAGGAGGACAGACUGAGGACUGUGGACCAGCUUCAGGAUUUGGGAGGUUUGAUGGUUCCUCCUGUAUCAUCUCUGGUCUCAGUGUCUCAGACUCUGGAGGUUACUGGUGUGAAGACAGAGCUGAUCAGAUCAACAUCAGUGUCAUUAACACAGUAACUGAUAAAGCAGGUGUUCCAGUUAUUCUGGAGAUCCCUGCACUUCCUGUGAUGACAGGAAGUGAUGUCACUCUGCGCUGUAGAGACAAAGACAACAACAGAUUCAAGACUUUUUUCUUCAGGGAUGGUAAAGACCUUGGAUCUGGACCUGAUGGAGAACUCCCCCUCAGUAAAGUCCAACAGUCUCAUGAAGGUCUCUACUGGUGUUACAGAAACAAAGGUGUUGACUCUCCUCAGAGCAGACUGAGGGUCAGAGCUCCUCCUUCCUCUCCUCUUCCUCCUCCUCCUCGUCCUCCUCCCACCACAUCACCUCCUAAACCCGACCUUCACCCCUCUCCUCCUCCUCCUCCUUCAUCUCCUCUUUCAUUUCCUGUGGGUCCUUCUUCCAAUUCUUCUACAGACUCUCACAAGUCUUCUAAUCCCUCCUUGCCUCCCUUCGAGUCCUCCUCCUUUCUCCGCUCCCUCCCUGUCCACGUCAUAGCAGCUCUGGGUUCUCUGGUUCUCCUGGUUCUCCUGGUUCUGGUUCUGGGUGGACUCCUGCAGCAGUGGAGGAAACAGACAGGAAGUCGUCAUCCACCUCCUCCUGUAGACGUGACCUAUGCUGACGUCUCCAUCAGACCGACAGUCAGCAGGAGAGACAGAUGCUCCUCUGAUGAAGACACAGUCUACUCUGCUGUGAGGACACACACUGCAGGUACUGAUGAGGUCAUCUAUGGUCAGGUGAUCAUCAGAGGUCAGAGGACUGCUGACAGGAGGACUGAGCAACCGUCUGAUCCAGAUGUUGUUUAUUCAUCAGUGAGAGCAGGUGAGUCACACCUGCAGCAGAGUGUGUGUUAGUGUGUGUUACAGUGUGUGUUACAGUGUGUGUUGUUGUGUCUCUGCAGUAAUCUGAGGACUCUCUGCUGGACGUCCUUCUCUGCAGAUCUCUGGUUUCUCUGGUUUCUCUGUGUUCAUCUAUCAGCUGGUUGUUCAGUGACCUCUAGUGGCCGGAGUCGUCAUGACAGGAACAAAACACAGGAUGUGGUGGUGGUGGUGGGUAACAUCCAGAGGUUUCCCACAGAUGAUCAGUGUUUUGAUGAUCAGCUGUUUAUUAUAAACUGCAGCAAACUGCACUAACAUCAACAUGUUCAUUCUUUCUGUUCAUUUUAACAUAUUUAUGUUUUAUUAAAAGUUUCCUUCAGUAUAAAAUGUGUUGAUGUGUUUUUUCUUCUCGACAUGGACUAAAAAUCUGAUAUUCUGUUUUAAAUGAUCAACACAGGAUCAUAAAGUCCAGACUCUUCAGUCUUCAAUCAGAUCCAUGUUUGAACUGUGGAGUAAAGAGUCCAGCAGGUGGAGACUGUUUGUUAAACUGGAGCUUCUUCUUCCUUCUUUAUUAUUACUUUACCACUCAUUCAGUCAGUUAGGAUGUGUCUGAGAAUCCUCUGAGGACGGAACAGAAACUGUUCACACCUUUUCAUUUAGAGAGAACAACGACCACUGAGGAAACUCCAUCAGUCAGUCAGGGACAGGUGUGUGAGUCCAGGUGAACCAGGUGAAGAGACGGAGACAGAGGAGAGUGAGCUGGAGACGAGGACGAGAAAACAUGAGGGCAGUGGUCAGUUUAUUAGGAACAGCAGCGUGUUAAACCCCCCAACACAGAGUGGUGAUGACACUGAGCUCCUUCUGCAGAGGUCGUAGUCUGAGCUCAGGUGAACAGGACGGUGUUGGUUCAUAUCCAGGACUGAGCUGAGUCCUGGUCCUGGAUAACAUGGACGUGUUCCUGGGAGAGACCCGGCUCUGUGGCAGUGCAGUUACUCAUCAUGGAUCCUGUCCAAAGUCUCCUGUACGGUGAUGGUGACAGGUCUUCCAGGAUCUCUGCCAUGUUUGAAUUCAGCCGCUCACUUCUCCACCUCCUCCACCUCUUUGGGUGAUCAGACCCUCAGACGGAGGUCGUGGAUCAUCAGAAGGCUGAUGUGGUCCACUCUCUCAGACAGAGGUGAAACAGAAAACAACGUUAACCAGAGUUAAUGACCUCAAACUUUCUGCAGAAUCACUUUGACCUUCUGACACAGACUGAACCAUCAGCCCUCACACAGCUCAGGACUCCAGACUCCACCUCCAGCACCACCUCCAUCCUACAGCUGAAACUGAAAAACUAGAAAACUUCAAACUCUGUGUAGAAUCAGUCAGAGAGCUGAACUGAACGUCCAGGUGAUGAGGUGUUGAACUCUCCUCCUUCUACCUUCUACCUUCUAGGACACAGACUGAUCAAUCAGCCCUCGUAUGGAUUAGAUACAGUGGAUGGAUUAUUGGAUGUAUUAGAUCUCCUGUCUGUCACUAUCAUGUAUAUAUAUGUUGUGUAUCAGCUUGUUGCAGCUCUUCAUUGAAGCUUCCUGAUGUUUCCACUGAGACUGUGUUCACACUGAGCUGGAUUCAUAUGAAUCUGGAUCUGUUUUCUCCACCUUGGCCUUCCUCUACUAAACAGUCAUUGUUCAGAGCAGCUCUCUGUGUUGUAGUGUUGAUUAUUAUCACUGAUGGAUCAGCAUGUCAGCAGUGUUGUAUUUAAUCUUCUGUACAUUGUGAGACUUUUCUUGCUGUGCUGAAUAAAAACCAGGUGGAUCGUGUUGAUCUGCUGAAAAGACAGAAUCGUUUUAAUCCCUUCGGUCCUGUCACUCCACUGAUCCGAGGCUUUUACGACCACUUCCUGUUUAGACCCUUUGUUUUCUAACAACUCUGUUCAGUGUGAUCAUCUCUGCCCGUCAACAGAGGGAGGGUUAGAAAUGUGAGGACAGGAGCUGCUGCAGCUGAGGUUAAACCUUUAAAGGAUGAGAAGUUAUUGUUGUUGUACUCAGUGAUCGGAGACUCUGUAGGGACGAACUGAUUCUUCCUCACUGACCUGACCCAGCUGAUAGACAGGAGGUAGGGCUCUGAUGUGACCGAAUGAAAACAUCUCUCGUUUAUUUCAUGUUGUAAAAUCCACUGUUUACAUCAAUAUGUUUUCAUCGUCUGGAUGACGGUUUGUGAUCUUACAGCCAAGACAAAUCCAGGACCUGGUUCCAAAACCAGAACCGGUCCACAAAAGACUCAGACUCUAUGAACCUCCUCUACACCUACACAAGAACCAGGUCAGAGAGUCUGGAGAGAGUUUAGUGGUCGAACAGCAGUGGACAGACCAACAGGACUUCAGUGGACUGGACUCCAAACCAAAGACCAGAUCAACACCUGACUUUAGAGGCAGAACCAGUUAACACAGGUGUUUCUAUUAAUAUGUCCACCUCAUUAAUCUCAACGAGUGCAGGCUGAGUAACAGAAACUCUCUGAAACAGUCUGAGCUCAGGCUGCACAGUUAAACAAACGUGAUCAAACACUUCCUGAACUAACAGCCAAUCACAGAGCAGGAAACCAGACGACUGAUCAUGUGAUGUCUCAGAUUCAGGACGGCUGAUGUUAAAUGUCCUUCAGAGAGUGAGGGAGACACUGUCCAACCAGCUGUAAACUCACCACACACUGCAGCAGGACGACUGGAUGAACAACACUGACCUCAGUGAAUCCACGUCCUCGUCCUGAGUCCACAACAGAGACGUUUCCCUGCUCGUCUCCGUCUCCAUCCAGCUCCCAGACGCUAACACAAUACAACCACAUCUGAUCUGAUCUGAUGUCUGAGGCCACUCUGAGUGACAGCAGCUCUGUUGGUUUCAUUUGGUUUCAGCUUUUCCUCCAGGAGAUGAAGAGAGACUCAGCAGCAGUUUAACAGGAAGUGGAAACAGAGACCUGGUUAUUUCCUGUAAAGAUUCAAACCUUCAUGAAGGAGGAUUAUUACAGGACUGCUGGAUCAGACUCAGGUUCAGCUGCUGUUCCUAAUAAACUGACACCUCAGAUCCAACAUGGCUGCCACUGCAUCACAGUUUCUGUCUCACUCUCUCUUCAUAAAACAGCAACAGACAAAGAAAAGUUCUUUACUCACCUGUUGUGGUUUUCAUUGUUUUUUAAAAAGGUGUGCUUCACUGACUGACUGAUCAGCUGUUUCCACUUCCUCUUCACAAAAGACAAAGAAGAAGAAGAAGAAGCAGAAGAAGAAGAAACAGUAUCUGGCGUCUUUUAUAACGUCUGAGAACACGGCGGUUUGAAACGUCCUGAAUCCUCUCUCAGUGUUUCUCUCAGUUUCUUCUAUGUUUUUUUGGUGAUUGCUGAACAACUUCCUGUUUCCUGUUCCUGGCCUCUCCUUCUUCUUCUACUCUGUUAAUUCCAGCUCUGUGUGACGUGGCCUAUAGCGCCACCUUCUGACGACACGACGCAGCCUCGAAGUUCAGUUUAAAUUCGUUUGACAGUUUCAUGGAAACAGAUUAAAAACUGAUCACAUGAUCAAUAAUUACUGAUCACUGGUGUCAGACUGCACCUUCAGUACUUCAGUAAAAGUACUGACACCACAGAGUACAAAUACUCAUUACAAAUAAAAGUCCUGACAGUCCUUAGACACAGUGUCCUCAGGGUUCUGGUCUUGGAUCAGAUUCACCUUGUAUUUGCUUCCUUUAGGAAACGUUCAUUGUUAUGCAGAUGAUGCUCUAUUAUCUAUUAUUAUAUAUGAUAGUAUAUUUGUUAAAGAAGCUGAUGAAACCAAUCAGUGAGUUAAAGUUGAAGCUUGAAGGACAUUAAGACCUGGAUGACCUGCAACUGUCUGAUAUGAAGCUCAGACAGAAUCAGCAGCUCAGUAUAUUGAGCUGUAAACUGAGCAGAGGAGGCUCAGUGACGCCUCUUAACAUUCACAACAACCUUCAAUGGAAAAAAGAUGAAAACAGGAACAAACAUGAGCAUCAUUGUUCAAAGGAAACAACCACUCUGAGCUUUAUCAUCACACCUCGUAAACACUGUG